AUGUCAAAAUUCUCCACUGACCGUGGCGAGGCCAUCAUCAUCCCGCCAGUGUCUCAUGAACCUCCAGCUGUGCACCCAGAGGUCGGCACAGUGCCCGACGAGAAGGCCAACAUCGACCCAGAGAUAGCCACCAGGUCGUCCACAAACGCCGAGGUACACGACAAUGAGCAAUAUCCUCUUCCCACGGAUGAGGAGCGAAGUACCCUGCGCAAGGUACCCGAUAAGAUUCCCGCCAUCGCCUACAUCCUCUGCGUCGCUGAGCUAGCCGAGCGUGCUUCAUACUAUGCCACCACCGGUGUGUUCAACAACUUCAUGGAGUAUCCUCUCCCUGAGGGUGGCAAUGGCGCUGGUGCCGUAGCCAAGUCAGAUGUCAAUGGCGUGCCUGGUGCACUUGGCAAGGGUGUCCAAUUCGCCUCUGCCCUAGUUCUCUUGUUCACUUUCCUCGCUUAUGUGUUCCCCAUCCUGGGAGCCUGGAUCGCAGACACGAAGCUGGGCCGGUACAAGACUAUCAUCUGGGGAGCAAGCAUUGGUGCCGUGGCUCACGUUAUCAUGGUCGGUGGCGCUGCCCCAUCCAUACUGCAAGCUGGCAACGGCAUUGCUCCUUUCAUGAUCUCCUUCUUCAUGCUUGCCAUUGGCGCUGGCAUCUUCAAGCCCAACGUCGCGCCCACGGUGAUCGACCAGUAUCAGCACCAGCGCGAGUAUACCAAGGUGCUGAAGACAGGCGAGAAGGUCCUCGUUGACCCUGAGACCACUAUUCAGCGAAUUAUGGUGAUCUACUACGGUUUCAUUAAUAUUGGUGCCUUUUUUGCUCUGGCUUCGACCUACGCUGAGCGUUACGUUGGUUUCUGGUUGGCCUUCCUCCUACCUACCAUCAUCUAUGUGCUCGUUAUUGUCAUCUUCGUCGGCGUAAACAAGAAGAUUAUUAAAAAGCCACCCAUGGGGUCUGAACUCAACGAUUUCUUCAAAAUCACAUGGAUCUGCUGCAAGGAGAACAAGUUCAUGGUGUGGAAGAAGGGUUUCUGGGAUGCCGCACGUCCGGCUGUCUUGGCAGAGAAGGGUCACACGGUGAAGUGGAACAACCAUCUUGUUACAGAUGUGGGCCGCACCUGGGCAGCGUGCCAAGUCUUCCUUUACAUCCCUAUCUACCAACUGAACGACGGCGGCAUCGGCGCAGCCGCAUCAAACCUGGCUGGCUCGAUGACGCUCAACGGCGCUCCGAACGACCUGCUGACCAACUUCAACUCGCUGACCAUCAUCAUCUUUACGCCCAUUAUGGCCUACGGACUCUACCCCUUCUUGGCGAAAAGAAACAUCCGGUUUGGUCGCAUCAAGCGUAUGACAUUCGGCUUCAUCCUUGCCGCAAUCUCAGGCAUUUGCGGUGGACUCGCGCAGCUGUAUGUCUACCGGACCUCGCCUUGUGGGUAUCAGGCUUCGACGUGCGAUAACGUGUCGCCAAUCUCGGUCUGGUGGGAGCUGCCCAUGAUCAUCCUGGGUGCCAUCUCAGAAAUCUUCGUCAACGUCACCUCCUAUGAGAUAGCAUACUCUCGCGCUCCAGGCAACAUGAAGUCGGUCGUCUUUUCGAUCUGUCUCUUCAUGACGGCGCUGUAUGCCGCUGCUGGCGAGGUGUUGACACCUGUCAUCCAGGACCCGUAUCUUGUCUGGAUCUGGUUCGGCCCCGCCAUCGUACUCUUCGCCCAGACUGUAAUCUUCUGGUUCCGCCACAAAAAUAUUGACGAGGAUGCGUACAUGACCUAUGACACCGACUCGGAUUUAGAAGUUGAGCCUGUGCACAGCAACGACGCCAAGGAUGCGGCGGUUGUGGACGAGAAGACGUCGCCUGUAGAGAAGAGCUGA